GUUGCAAGGAGCACAGAUUUACGGCUUUCACGCGGCCACUCAGUCCUGCUUCCCUUCUCGAAACACGCAGGCAGGCCGGGUAGAUUCGGCAGAGGGAUUCCAGCGCUAAGCACCCUAUAGGUACUGCUGUUUGCGUGCUUGCUGUACUUCACUCCUCGCUUGUCAUAUAGCCGGCAUGGGAGCCCUUUUCACUGGGGCCUCCUCCCUCUCCAAGCUAUCCGCCAUCGCUCGUGUGUCGCCUGCGCUUUCGCCAAAGCAGUCGCUUAACUCGCUUAACGAUCGCCUGAUUCGCGCAGGGUUAAUCUCCACGCGCGUUACUAGGACCCGUCUUAACCGAUCCAGCCGGUUUUGCCGAUCCCCCGCAAUGGUCGCCGGGAUCGGCGGCGGAAUUGGCGGCCACUCCGCCGAUCAACAACAUCCCGUGAGGCCAAUCACUGUCGCGGCGGCGGCGGCGGCUGCGGGAGAUGGCGGCGCCGCAACUUCAUCGAAAUUGAUGGAGGCUCCUCCGGCUGACGUCGCAAUCGCCGGCGCGAAAACCGGGGGAGCAGCCGCGGCGGGAGCGGUGACGAGGGGGGGAGGGAAGGCGCGACUGAGGCGGCUGGAGGAGCUCGAGUGGGAGAACUCGUUCGUCGACAAGCUGCCUGGGGAUCCCGUCGAGGAGAACCACGUCCGAAUAGUCCGCAACGCGUGUUACUCGCGAGUACGACCGUCGCUGAAGCUCGCAGACCCGCAGGUCGUCGCGGCGUCCGAGUCGGUGGCUCACCUGAUUGGCUUAGAUCCGAACGAGUUCACUCGUCCCGAAUUCGCGUCGGUCUUCACAGGCGGCAUUGUACUGCAGGGCUGCAAGCCCUACGCACAGUGCUACGGGGGGCACCAGUUCGGGCACUGGGCGGGGCAGCUGGGGGAUGGGCGCGCAAUCACCCUGGGGGAGGUGGUCCUGGGGGAGGGGGGACCGGGGGAGGGAAAAGCGGAGGGGAAGGGGUGGAGGGAGCGGUGGGAGGUGCAGCUGAAGGGGGUGGGGAAGACGCCAUACAGCAGAAGCGCGGAUGGGCGGGCUGUGCUGCGCAGUUCCAUUAGAGAGUACCUCUGUAGCGAGGCCAUGGCCGCCCUGGGUGUGCCUACAACGAGGGCGCUCUGUGUUGUCACCACUGGGGAGAAGGUGCUCCGAGACAUGUUCUACAAUGGGAAUGCCAAGUUUGAGCCAGGAGCAGCCGUGUGCCGAGUGGCUCCUUCCUUGAUCAGGUUCGGCUCGUUCCAGCUCCAUGCCUCCCGGGGAGGCUUGGACAAGGAGAUGGUUCGGGUGCUUGCAGACUACACCAUUCUGCACCACUUCCCACACCUGGCCGACCUCCCCGAGCCUCCGGUGCAGGUUCGGGAGGCAGGGUCAGAGGAGGAGGAAGAGGCUGGGGAUCCCGAUGCAGUGGAUGUGACGACAAACAAGUAUGCGGCCUGGUUUGCCGAAGUAGCGGAGAGCACUGGGAAGCUGGUGGCAGGUUGGCAGGCGGUGGGCUUCACCCACGGGGUGCUCAACACCGACAACAUGAGCAUUCUCGGGCUGACCAUUGACUACGGGCCAUUCGGAUUCCUUGACGCCUUUGACCCGGACUUCACUCCCAACACGUCCGACAUGCCCGGGCGGCGGUACUGCUUCAGGCAGCAGCCGGACAUCGGGCUCUGGAACGUGGUCCAGCUGGCCAACACGCUUGUGACUGGUGGCGUCAUCGGAGUGGCCGAAGCGCAGCACGGGGUGUCGAGGUACGCUGAUUCCUUCCUGUCAUCCUACCAGCAGCGCAUGGCAGCCAAGCUCGGCCUACCUUCAUACGACAAGGACCUCACCCACUCACUUUUGCAGCUGAUGGCCAAACACAGCUCCGACUUCACCAACACCUUCCGUGCUCUUUCUCGAGUGCCCGCCUCUGGAGCAUCGUCAGAUGCCGACCUGCUGGGUCCAAUGAGAAAGGCACUGGGGCUGCAAGGGGCGGGCGGGGAAGGGGAGAAGGCAAGGGAGUGGGCUGACUGGCUCCGACUCUACACUGCCAAGCUUCGGGCUCAGAAUGUUUCAGAUGCUGACCGCCGGGCGGCUAUGGAUGCGGUCAACCCGGCCUACAUUCUCCGCAACUACCAGUGCCAGCUGGCGAUUGAGGCGGCAGAGAGGGGUGAUUUCAGUGUAACACGGCGGUUACAGGAGGUUUUGCAGAGGCCUUAUGAGGAGCAAGAAGGGGCGGAAGAAUUCGCCCAGCCUCCCCCAGAGUGGGCUCUCAAACCUGGGGUUUGCAUGCUCUCAUGCUCCUCUUGAUUGUGUACAGUUGUUACAUGCCAGCUCGUGGAUGUUAGUGGCAUGGGAAAGAGUUUGAGAAGGUGGGGAAAUUAUUUUCUAUACAAGUUUUCUUUUACCAUAGUCUUUUUCUAUGGGUUGUCAUUUAUAGUACAAAGGGAAACGGUCACGG